UGGUGUACUUAUUUUGAUAAGACCGUUCCUUCAGCAAAACUUCGAUCAAUAAUCAUGAAGCAUUCAGGAUUUUUACGUCCGGGUUUAAUCCAUAUUUAUGAUAGCAUUUCACCUUAACAGUGCCGACUUUAUGGAUGUAUUUGUUUGAGUAAACUUAAUAGCAUUGUGUGUAUGUAUAGAUCUGGAGCUUUUAAAAUCAGUUACGUUAAGCAGUGUUAUAAUGAUGUUGAUAUACUUUUUACUGUGGGGAAGUGUUAUUGCGACUCAUAACACUGAAAACUCAGGCACUAGCCAGACACCCGCCUUGCCACCUGACGAAAUGUACCAGGACAUGUUUCCCCUUACUAAAACUAACUUUACGGACUGUGUUUUGAGAAAUAUGGAUCCAUGGAUUUUAAUUUUCCAUGCAGGCGCCGUCGAGAGAGCAUGGAAAACGAUGGCAACAAGGUUACGAGGUGUUUGCUGGGUAGGGACAGUAGAUGUUACAAAAGAAACAGAGUUAGUUACUCUUUUGGCCUACGACGAAUCUAAAGGUCCUUUUCGUGUGUUUCCAUAUGGAGACCGGAACAGGAAAGAAAAUCACUGGCGAAACAUUGAAGAUGAAAACACUGCAAGAGCAGUAUGCGUCAGAUCAAUUCCGGACGAAGUGUUAAACAUGGAAGAGGAGGAAGUCAAAGAUAUAUUCAUGGAUAGCUUUAUGGCAAAGCCAACUAGAUUUCCCGUCUUUCUGCUUCAAGUUGAAGAAGAAACAUCAUCCACAUUCAAGGCUCUGGCUAAGCGUUUUGCGAAAUACUUUACAUUUACCAAACUAGUACGUCCAUCGUCAAAACAGUUAAAAGGUAUUGGAAUAGAGCAGGACAAUCUUGAUUUACCUGAAAUGUUUGUAGUUAUUACAAAAGAAGGUCAAACAAAUGAGCUUAACGCAGUAAGGUUUGACAAGCAAAAACUUGGAUAUUUUAACUAUACAAAUGUAAUGGAAUUCCUAUUUUCCGUAAAUAACAACUACAGACACGAGUUACCUGGUGACAAUCUUGCUCAUGUUCGAAAGCAUGCAGAAAUGAUAGAAAUUGUGAACAUUGAAAAGAAGCGAUUCGAUAUUGUCUCUGCAGGAAGCAGUGCGAGACUAACAAGAUCAAAAUCAAAAGACACACAUACCGUUCGAAAUAAUGGCGAUAAUGAAAACAAAGUGAAUUAUCCAGAAAUACCAGGAUUGCGCGAUGAACUCUAAUUGAAUAAUUUUUUAACUGGUCAAGAUUUGAAAAUGUCACCUAAUGGCAACGUCCACAGGUUUGGCAUGGAUAAUGAUGCGACAGUUUUUUUGUAUUAAAUUUGUAUUUUGUAUGAAAACUGAGCAUACAUCUGGUGUUACUGUAUUUUUUGUCUUAAAUUUGAACUUGAAAACCAUUCACUAAUUUAUUCAUAAUGAUUGAAAAAUGAAGUAUUUGUACGUAUAGUGAUCUUAGUUAUAAAUGAUUUUGAGAUUUCAGUGAUGGAACAUAUUCCACACAUAGCCCAUGGUUUGCAUGUAGGAUUCAUCAUCCUGCUAGUCGGUAAAGCAUUCAGGCGGGCGAUCUCUUUCAAUAUGUUCGAAGACAAACAAUCACCUUAUUAGAUAAAUUCAAUUAUCACACAUCGUAGACCAAACUACCACAACACUUUGAGAAGUAUUGUUUGACACUUGGCAAACAUAGUUGUCAUGGCAGAAAAUGCCCUCGUGUCUUACCUUUUUGUUUAAAAUUAGUCAAUUGUUUAGUAAACAUCCUUUAGAGCGACGUUAAACAUAUUUGUAAUUUAGCUGAACGAUUUUCUGGGCUUUCUGAGAAUAAAAGUUUAAAGACGG